UCAACAAGGCUGCAGGCUGACCGACGCAUGAUUUCAGUGAUCAGUAGCUCACAGUCCUUCACUGCCUUCUCAUUCUUUAGUCUCACACAGCACGGACAGCAUGAGGCUGUGGCUAGUUGUACUGCUCGCGCUGAGCGCUCCUACCUUUGCUGCAGAUGACUCAUGUUUGGGCCGCUGUGAGUAUGGCUUUGACGCAGACAAGAUGUGCCAGUGUGACUCAAUGUGCAAGUAUUACAAGAGCUGCUGCUCUGACUUUGAGGCCACCUGUCAUAAGAACACACGUGGAGACACAUUUGCCUUUGCAGAGGAUGAUGAUGACAAUGAAGACCUGUUUAAUGUUACCAUGCCUGCUCCUCAGCCUUCAGGGAGUGACAGCUCCUUUUCUACAAUUACUUAUGAUCCCGAGCCCACAAAGAGCCCCAUCUUAGACUUUGGUCCUAGAAGGCAGAAAUUUCCAGAAAUUACCAAAUCUCCUAGAGAGAUGGAGCCGAGUCAGAGAGUCCCAGUUACACAGAUCAUACCUGUUUUACAGACAGCAUCCUCUGUGCAGAAGGUUCCCAGCAUCCCUGUGGCAGAUGUGACUCAAGCAACACCGGAGACAACCACAGCUCUCUCAACAGCCACCACUGGCGCUCCAGAUCCAGAUGCUGAGGUCUGCAGCGGCCGACCCUUUGACUCCUUCAUGCAGUUAAAAAAUGGCUCCAUCUAUGCUUUCAGAGGGAAAUACUUUUUUGAACUGGACCAGAAGUCAGUUUUUCCUGGUUAUCCAAAGCUUAUUGAGGAUGUCUGGGGCAUCAGCGGUCCUAUUGAUGCUGCGUUCACCCGUAUCAACUGUCAGGGGAAAACCUACAUCUUCAAGGGAAACAAAUACUGGCGCUUUGACAAUGGUGUACUGGAUGCCAACUAUCCAAGAAAUAUCAGUGUGGGAUUUGAGAACAUUCCCAAUCAUGUGGAUGCAGCAUUUGCAGUCCCUGCUCAUAGUCACCAUGGAAAAGAGAAGGUCUAUUUUUUCAAAGGGGAUCAGUAUUACACAUACGAGUUUUUGUACCAGCCUUCCCAUGCUGAAUGUGUCACCAUGUCUGAGAGGUCUCCGUCCACUUUGUUCAGGCGCUACACUGACAUGUACUUCAGUAACUUUGAAACUUUUUUCAGGGAGCUCUUCUCUGACAAGCCUCAGCAUCGUGCUAGUCAUGACUUCAUUGAUGGAGACUGGAAGGGAAUCACGGCACCAGUGGAUGCAGCCAUGGCUGGAAGAAUCUACAUCACACCUUGGAGGACCACACUGAGACGUAAUGACUACCGUCCUGACCAGCAGUGGGAUCAACGACAAGGUCAACAGUCGCACCAGCAAUACCAGCAGUAUGGACAGCAGUGGAACCAACAGUACGGGCAACAAGGGGACCGCAGAAGGCAAAACCGCUCACCGGUCUGGGAGACUAUGGCUGAACGGGGGAUAAACAUGGGCCAGGCCAUGGCUGAAAAAGGGAGGGAAAUUGGUCUGAGAAUGGAAGAGAAGCGGAUGGAAAUGGAGGAGCGGUUUGGGCGUGAGUGGAACAGGAGAUGGGACCAUGACUGGGAUUGGAACAGAGGAAAUGGUUACCGACAAUACAACAGAGGCAACUAUGACUCCAGGGACAACCAUAGAAAUGGCAGAGGAUACUGGGAAUUUAUCCGAAGGAGUCGACCCAUACAGAGUGUCUACUUCUUCAAAGGAGAUAAGUACUACAGAAUGGACCUAAGGACGAAGAGAGUUGACCGUACUUUCCCUCGGUACCCCAGAUCCAUUGCAAAGUAUUGGCUCGGCUGUUCAGACAUAACUGGGGCAGAGAAAUAGAAGGAGACGAUAUUUUCUUGAUUUGGGAAAAAUACUCAAUUUGUAGCAAUGUAUA